CAUGGUUUAAGUUUCUUUAUAGAGAUCGCUAACCUAAAGUUUCUCUCACCUGCUCCACUCGUUGAUCAUAUUGAUGGACAGGAUCUAAUAUGAAAAUGUACGUAGCCUGCCGAUGUAGUAUGCUAACGGAAACUAACGAUUUAGCUACAUUGGUUUGAUGCUAACAGAAGCUAACGGUUUUACCUCACCUUACGGUCUAUAGUGUCAACAAGCAGAAGAUAAAUGUGUCUGAACUCCUUUCCGUGGAUUGAUUUGACAUGACGUGCGAUCAGUUUGCCUCUGGUGUUGCUCAUGUUAGCGAAAGUGAAUCAUUGUCGUCAAGGGAUUUUGACCAAUCAGAAUCAAGCAUCUUACACAACCAGAAGAUCAGUAUGAAAGCCAGCACUGGGAAGUGUUUAGAGAGAUAUCCGAGGUGUUUAUCUUGGUGCCGGCCCUGGUGGGGCUGAAGGGCAAUCUGGAGAUGACACUGGCAUCCAGACUAUCGACAGCAGCCAACACAGGGCAGCUGGACGAGGCUCAGCAGCAGUGGCGGAUGGUGAUCUGUAAUCUGGCUCUCAUUCAGCUCCAGGCCACAGUUGUGGGCUUCCUGGCAGCUGUUGCAGCAGUAGGUCUCGGGGCUCUGACCCGGGGUAGACUGAAUGUAACCCAGGCUGCCAUCCUGUGUGCCAGCAGCAUCACCACGGCCUUCAUCACUGCGCUGUCUCUAGGUCUGGUGAUGGUGGCAGUGAUUAUUGGAUCCAGGAAAGUGGGCAUCAACCCGGAUAAUGUGGCCACGCCCAUCGCUGCCAGCCUGGGAGACAUCACCACUCUGUCUUUGCUUGCUGGGAUCAGCAGCCUCUUCUUCAGCUACAGAGACAUGUGGUACUGGCCUCCUGCCGUGUGUGGCUUCUUCUUGCUCCUUAUCCCAGCAUGGUUCAAUAUUGCUCGUCGUUCACCACCAAUCAGAGAGGUCCUACAGUCAGGCUGGACACCGGUUAUUUUGGCCAUGUCCAUCAGCAGUAUUGGUGGUCUGAUUCUGGAUAGGACAGUGAGCAAUCCAGACUUUGAAGGAAUGGCGGUGUUGACUCCAGUCAUCAAUGGUGUUGGAGGAAAUCUUGUUGCCAUUCAGGCCAGCAGGAUGUCCACUUAUCUUCACUACUGGAGUGUUCCUGGUGUUCUUCCAGCUAAAGAAAGUGGGAGCUGUCCUGGACCCUGUGCCAUCUUCUGCUCCUCAGAUUUGAACUCUAAAUCAGCCCGAGUCCUGGUCGUCCUUGUAGUCCCGGGUCACCUCCUCUUCCUGUACUUCAUCCACCUCCUGCAGGGAGGCCAUACUGCCAUGACUCCCACCUUCAUCAUCUGCUACCUGUCUGCAGCUGUGCUUCAGGUGGUGGUUCUGCUUCAUGUGGCCGGCCUGAUGGUGCGAUGGCUGUGGAGAAGGGGACAAGAUCCAGACAACUUCUCAAUCCCCUAUCUCACAGCUCUGGGUGAUCUGUUGGGGACGGGCUUACUGGCUCUAUGCUUCAGAUUGGUUCUGAUGGUCAGUUCUACGGGGACUGGACUUUGACGUGAACUACCUGAAUGUACUGUUCACCCUAUGCAAGUGGCUGAAACAGCCUGCACAGAACACUGGGUCUAUGAGGGAGAGGGGGAUGAGAGAGAACAAGGGGGGAUGCAUGGAAAAGCAUGGAAUUUAUUUUAGCCUCAAUGCUGGAACCAUGACAGUGCAGAAACAUGCUGGUACAUAUGUUUUAUAUUGUAAAGACUGAUAACACAAAAGAUGCUUUCAUUUUAGAGUGUGUGAUAAAAGAUACGUUUUCUUAGAGUAACCUCUUAGCAAGUUUUACAUGUCCUACCAUUGAUAUUAACAAAAUAAAAUAAUAAUAUACACUACCUGUCAAAAGUUUGGACACAG